CUUGGUGUGAAACCCGGAAGUUGGCUGCUGGUGGCUGGACGGUAACGGGCAGGUGAGUGGCUGCUGAGACCCACAGGGACACAGUGUGUGUAAUGCGAUCGCAUUCAGUAACUGAGCGAGGUGACCCAGAGACACCCGAUAGAGUGCGGCUCCGGGUUUAUCACAGCUCGGUCACUGUCUGUGUGUGAGCCCUGCCUGUUACAACUUACUGACUGUUAAACCACAAUGCUGCCUGUCAUAUAGGAGAAUGACCACUAUCUAAUCAGUCUAAUUAACAUAUCUAAUUAACAUAUCUAAUUAACCUAUCUAUUUAACCUAUCUAAUUAAUCUAUUUAACCUAUCUAAUUAAUCUAUCUAACCUAUCUAAUUAACAUUUCUAACCUAUCUAAUUAACAUAUCUAACCUAACCUAUCUAUUUAACCUAUCUAAUUAAUCUAUCUAACCUAUCUAAUUAACAUUUCUAACCUAUCUAAUUAACAUAUCUAAUCUAUCUAACUAACCUAUCUAAUUCAUCUAACCUAAUUACCUAUCUAAACUAUCUAACCUAUAUAAUUAACAUAGCUAAUCUAUCUAAUUAAUCUAUCUAAGCAACAUAUCUAACCUGUCUAAUCUAUCUAAUUGCUGUGAGGACCUCAAUCUAAUUAACAUAUCUAAUCUAUCUAAUUAAUCUAUCUAACCUAUAUAAUUAACAUAUCUAAUCUAUCUAACCUAUCUAACCUUUUUAAUUAAUCUAUCUAAUUAACACAUCUAACCUAUCUAAUUGCUGGGAGGACCUCAAUCAAAUUAACAUAUCUAAUUAAUCUAUCUACCCUAUCUAAUUAAUCUAUCUAACCUAUCUAAUUAACAUAUCUAACCUAUCUAAUUAAUCUCUCUGUCAAUAUAUCUGUAAUUAUAUCUAUAUAUCUAUCUAACCUAUCUAAUCUGUCAAUCUAUCUAAUCUAAUUAAUAUCUGUUGAUCUGUCUAAUCGCUCUGUCAAUCUAUCUAAUCAAUCUCUCUGUCGAUCUGUCUAAUCUCGCUGUCAAUCUAUCUAAUCUAAUCUGUCUGUCGAUCUGUCUAAUCUCUCUGUCAAUCUAUCUAUCUUUCAUUAUAUCUAUCUGUCAAUCUAUCUAACCCAGGGCUAAGCAACCUUUUAAUACCUACCGCCCACUUUUGUAUCUUUGUUGAUGGUAAAAAUGUCCUUACCGCCCACCGGUGCCGUAGUAACUAAUUUUAUAGCGCAUUUUUAUUUUUAGAAAUAUAUAUAAAAACAUUUUUUAUAUGUAAAUGUAUCUAUUUUUUCCCCCAUUUUCUAUUCAAUUUUUUUUCUACAUCUGUCUGUGAGGUGGUGUGUGUGUGUGUGUGAAAGGUGCAGUGUGUGAGGGGUUGAGUGUGUGUGGUGCUGUAUGUGUGUUUGUUUUUGUGUGAGGGGUGCAAUGUGUGUGUGAGUGGUGCUGUAUGUGUGUGAAGAGCGCAGUGUGAAGGGGCAGUGUGUGUGAGGGUGAUGAGUAUGUUUGAGAGGUACUGUGUGUGUGUGAGGAGUGGUGUGUGUUUGUGGAGGGCAGUCAGUGUGAGUGUGUGAGGGGUGUAUUGUGUGUGAGGGGGCAGUCUGUGUGUGUGUGUGUGUGUGUGUGUUUGUGUGGGAAGGAUGCAUACUGUAUAUGCUUUGUGUAGGUGGGUGAGAUGGAAAAAUCUAUCUUAAAGGACCACACUAGGCACCCAGACCACUUCAGCUUAAUGAAGUGGUCUGGGUGCCAGGUCCUUCUAGGGUUAACCCAUUUUUUCAUAAACAUAGCAGUUUCAGAGAAACUGCUAUGUUUAUGAAUGGGUUAGGCCUUCCCCUAUUUCCUCUAGUGGCUGUCUCAUUGACAGCCACUAGAGGCGCUUGCGUGCUUCUCACUGUGAUUUUCACAGUGAGAGCACGCCAGCGUCCAUAGGAAAGCAUUGAGAAUGCUUUCCUAUGUGACCGGCUGAAUGCGCGCGCAUUCAGCCGACAGGGCGGAUCGGAGGAGGAGAGGAGGCAGAGAGCUCUCCGUCCAGCGCUGGAAAAAGGUAAGUUUUACCCCUUUUCCCCUUUCCAGAGCCGGGCGGGAGGGGGACCCUGAGGGUGGGGGCACCCUCAGGGCACUAAAGUGCCAGGAAAACGAGUGUGUUCUCCUGGCACUAUAGUGGUCCUUUAAUGUCUCCCCUUCAUUCUUGACCAUACAAACACUCUGAUUUACGUGGUUUAGAAAAAUGCAGCAUGUUGGGUACCAUUUUUUAAUACAUUCCUGAAGUGUACUUAUUACAUUAAUAUAUACAAUAAACAUCAGAGUUCUCCCAAAGCUAUUUUGUUCAUGACAGUUUGAAGUUUUCUAUAUGUAAUGUUUUGUAUGUUCAUGCAUUUAUUUCGAACAGUACAGAGUUCGCUGCUGUUCUGCAAUAUGCUGUUGUAUGCAGAGAUUUCUGUAGUACCCACCCCUCAAAAAAAAAUCCAAUAUUGGCCCUUUCAUUGAACUGGGUGAAAUGAUUGUAACUAUACGUAACGUACAUGUAAAUGCCAUGUAACAAUAUUACAUGCCUUGUAACCUGGCAGUUAAAGGGACUCUCCAGUGCCAGGAAGACACAUCGUUUUCCUGGCACUGCAGGUCCCCUCUCCCUCCCCGGUUGCUGAAGGGGUCAAAACCCCUUCAGUGACUUACCUGAGGCAGCGCUGAUGUCUCUCAGCGCUGCUUCUGGGUCCGCCCACGCUCCUCCCUGUCACCACAUUAUCCGGCGGGGGGGAGACCUACUGCGCAUGCGCGUUAGACCUCUCCAUAGGAAAGUAUUGAAAAUUGAAAAUGCUUUCCUAUGGGGAUUUUAGCGAUGCUGGAGGCCUCACCCAGCGUGAGGAUAUCCAGCGACCUGUGCUAGAAUCCCGGAAGUGCUCUCUAGUGGCUGUCUAGUAGACAGCCACUAGAGGAGGAGUUAACCCUGCAAUGUAAUUAUUGCAGUUGAUGAAAACUGCAAUAAUUAUACUUGCAGGGUUAAGGGUAGUGGGAGUUGGCACCUAGACCACUCCAAUGAGCAGAAGUGGUCUGGGUGCCUGGAGUGUCCCUUUAAGGCAGGGCAAUGUAUUAGCAUUUUUCUAAGUGGGUCAGCGGUAGCACAACGCCUAUAGCCUUAAAAAACUAGGCAAAGCAAAUCAUUCAAAAAAAUGUAUUUUAUUUUUUUUGGUAAAGGAAGGAGAGAAUGUUAUGCACAAAUAUGUACUUCAAAUAUGUUUUUCCCUUUUAGUUCAAGAACUUUAUGAAUUGGUAAAAUGUCUGAGUUUUCACGUCAGAGAACAAUUCUGAAUCCAGUAAGUAAUAUUUUUAUAUUUAUAACCAUGUCCGAUGCAGACACAAAAAAAAUAAAUCAUAUUUUUAUUAAAGGGACACUAUUGUCAUCCAGACCACUUAAUCUUAUUGAAGUGGACUGGGUGGUGCAGUGUCCCUGUUCCCUUAACUCUGCAAAGUUAAUCAUUGCAGUUUUAGAGAAACUGCAAUGUUUACAUUCCAGGGUUAAGACUGCUUCUAGUGGAUUAUAUACUUGACAGCGACUGGAGGCGCUUCCUGCACUUUGACCCCGUAAACUAAUGCUGGACGUCCAGCAUAGGAAAGCUUGUUUUCCAAUGGGGAAGGCCUAAUGUGCACAUGGUGCUCGCUGCACAUGUGCAUUAGGUUCCCAGAUCGCGCUGACUCUGGGGCCUUUCCAGCGCCCAGGGACAUCAGUGCUGGUAGCAGGCAACUGUUUAAAGGUUUUUUUUUUAACCCUUUACAUGGUGGAGGUGGGGGCAGAGGGACACUAUAGUGUUAGGUUGAAACAUUGGACAGUUUCUUUUCUUUUAAAAUUCUUUAUUUUUGUGUGCAGCAUAUUACAAACAGACUUGCAAAGCCCCAACAGCCAUGUCAAACAGUAUAUGUCAUACAAGUUGUAGCAGUGCUAUGGCAAAUAGUGUAGAUGCACAUUUUUUAAGUUAUAGAAAACAUACUCAGGUACUUAGACAGUCUAAGUUCGACCAACAGUUUGAGAGUACCAUAGAAGAAGCAAACAAUAGAAUAGGUUUGAGCCAUAAAUUGGGGGCAUUUGAUCCUGCUGUCUGGUGGGCAAACUGUGGGAAACCUUAGGUGGUUAGCUUGGGACUACAGGUCGUGGCCCGUACUAUAGUUACACCUCCAGCACUCAGUUGUGAAUGGCCUCAGGGGUCUAUGGUAUCGGGGGGGGGGCGGGGGAGGGGAGGGAUGGGGUGGGAUGGAAGAGCCUGGCUUAUGGCCAGGGUGUAAAUGAGCGUAUCUGACCUGUGGUUUGGGCAGGUGGACCAACAUGAAUUUAACGAGAGAAAAAAAAAAAAUGUUCUGAACUAACAAAUCUAACCAACUUUGAACUGCACUUAGUGUAAGUCCCAUGUAAUUUUGGAGUGAGGCUCAGGUCGCCAUCUUUGCUUCUCAUGUUGUUGCAGCGUAUGCUUCUGGUGUCGCAUUCUUCGGGAUGAAGGGCAUGAUUGCGCUCGGGUCCCAGCAGUGAGCCGCCGAUGUCGUUGCUUGGCUGUUGGGCUGUUGUAGUGAGUCCCCUGGAAGGCUCAGUUUGGCCAGGAGCACGGGUGCGUCGGAGAUAUCUGAGAUUGAGUGCACCGCAUCACUGAGCCGCACUUGUAAGGCUCGUGGAGAUAGCCAGCGAUAUUCGUUGUUUUGGCUUCGAAGCAGAGCUGCGAGGGGUUGUAGCGUUUUGCACCAUUGCAGUGUCUCACCGGAGAGAUCCGCGAAGAAAGAGAGAGCCAUGUUCUCAAAGUUGUAUGAGGUAGUCCCUUUUAGAGCCGUUUGUACCAUUGCCUUGUCUGCUCCUCUGCGGAAUUGCACAAUUAGGUCUCUAGGUAUUAAUUCAGGCGCCUUCCUAGGUUUCGGGACCCAGACAUCGAGCGUCUUCCAGGUGGGAAAAUCUUUGGUCGGAGGCAGCUUGUCUUUUGGUAAGUGUUUGGAUGUCUAGCCUUCUACCGCGCUUAUGCGGCCUACCAAGCCCUUGAUGUCAGUGCAGAGUAGGGCUACAUCCGCCUGUAUUGACGUUGGAGAGCUCCAAGCAUGGUCUGGAGCAGUACUUCUAUCACAGGUCUGGAGUCUCCAGUCUUGGGCUUAGUUUGAGGCUGUAACGUCGGCAUGUGUCUGCUUAUCUCUUCCUUUGGGGACAGUUUGUCCGAGUUGUCCUAGAAAUCGUCCAAGUUGUCAGCCAUCUUGGGCCCAUAUGCGUCAUGCGGUUGGCGGAGAAGAUCUCCUAUAUUCAGGCCCGGCUUGGGUCUUUCAGGUUUUAACGUUUAGUUUUCCUGCCAAUGUUUGUUAAAGGCGACGAGACUGCGGUUGUGAGGCUCGAAAACCGGUUAGAAUCGCCGGGAUUUGGUGUAUGUGCCUGGUGCUCAUCUAUUGUGCAUCCGCUCAGGUUAGUAGCUUGACUCCGCCCCGACAGUUAUCUUUUUGGAUUCAGGACAAAGUAGUAGAGACAGGGAGCAGCGCCAAACUAUUCUUAACUUUGUGUUUUAAGUGUUCAUUUAGGAUGGUAUCUGUAUGAAAAAGUACUGUACUAAUGUUUUACAUCUUUAGUGUGGAAGGUAAUACAAUAUUUGUUCUCUUAUUGUUAUUGGGUUUUUUUUUGUGCUCUCUGUGCAGAAAGAUUUAUUUGUAGGAAUUAGUCUUUUUAAAAUGUUUUCUAACGCUAUUUGAUUAUUAUAGGUUGUCCCUUAUUUGGGGACCAUUUUUGGAGGCUUGGAAUUGGGGCAGAUGGUGGUAAUUCACGGGACUGUGGCUCCUGAUGCAGACAGGUAAUUAUAAAUGGUGAAAUUGUUUUAACUAAUUAUUUACAAUUGGCCUAAAAUAUGUAUUUGUCCGUAAGGGUGCAUUUUUUUUUUAUUUUUUUUUAAAUUAAAAAAAAAAAAACAUGAAAAUAUAUCUGAACACUGGUCAGAGCUAUUACAAUAGAAAAAAACAUCUUGGUGAAAGAGGUUUGUAUUAAUAGACCAGGGGUUCUCAACCCAGUCCUCAGGACCCCCUACCAGUCCAGGAUUUGGGGAUUACCUGGGUGUGUCUAAGGUGUUUAGAAAAAGGGAAGAAAAAAAAAACCUUAGACUCUAAGGUGUUUUUUUUUUUUUCUUUUUCUAAACACCUUAGACACACCCAGGUAAUCCCUAAACCCUGGACUGGUAGGGGGUCCUUGAGGGCAAGGUUGAGAACCCCUGUAAUAGACAUAUCCCACGAUUCAUUGUCCUAAAUGUGCUCACAGAAAGGACUUUCUUCUAAUUCUUGGAUUUCAUAUAUUUAAUUUUACAAGAAAAUAUUUUUUUGGUCGUUACUCAUGCAGUAAGAAGAUAUGUAUACUGAUAAAAAAAGAAAAGAAAUAAAUGUAAAAGCCACAAAGGCCUAAUUCUGUGUAAGAUAUGGCUGCCCUUUAGAAGUUUUACAUAAAUGCCACCCUUUGCCACCUGAAACCGCUAUUUCUAGUUAAUGUGGUAGAAAUGUUCAUUUGGACAGUGCAUUGGUUAAAGUAUUACUCCAAACCACUUGAGCUCUUUAGGAGUUAGCAGAGUACCUCCUUCUUGUGGGUUUAUAAAACCACUACUUUUUAAAAGCUCUCAUCCUUUUAGCAUCAAAAAUAAAAUGCAAAGGAUUCACUUUCCCAGCUGUUACUGAGACAGCCAGAUGGUACUUUUUCUGGUUUCCUUGUGUUGCUGCAAAGCAUGGGUACAUGUUGGCAACAACUGUAUUGAGCUUCCCCUUGCAGGCAGUGCCUAUAAGGGGAAGAGCUUUCCUCCCACCGAAAAAAGCAUGUUUUUUUUUUGUUUUUUUAAAAAAUAUUUUCCAUUUAAAUUCCCAUCCACUUUCCUGUCUCCCUCUCUGCCCCCUUCUCAAUGAAAAGGUGCAAUUACAGGCUUCUAAUAGAGUGGUCUGCACCAUGCUCCUGGCUGAUUUCAGGAGGGGGAGUAGAAGUCAGCGCUGGGAUCAUUGUCCUGCGUUGGAUCCCAGGUUAACCAGAAUUGUUUUUGCUUUUUUUUCAGUUUGGAGGGCAAAUGAAUGUGGGGGACCUAAUUCAUAAUGUUCAAUAGGGAAGUUUACACAGAAUAACAUCCCCCCUUAAAAAGCAUUGGAGUAACCUUUUAAGGCUUAUUUCAUUUACAGUAUAUGUAUAUCAAAGCUGUUUAAAUUGAUGUUCCACACAGUGCUUUUGAGUAAUAUAACACAGUGUUUUGUUUUUUUUCAGGUUUCAGAUAGACUUUCAGUGUGGCUGCAGUGUCCAGCCCCGGGCAGAUAUUGCCUUUCAUUUCAACCCUCGAUUCAAAGGUUCUGGGCACAUUGUUUGCAACACCUUGGAGAACGAAAGAUGGGGUUGGGAAGAAAGAACAAAUCAAAUGCCACUUACUAAGGGAAAGCCCUUCGAAGUUCUCAUUUUGGUUCUCCCUAGUAAAUUCCAGGUAAGCCAUAGAUCCCAUUUUUGUCCUCAUUUACUCUGACAUUGCAGGUUUUCAGGUCUUUUCUAACGUAUGUGUGUCUCUCACUUAGACCCACUUGUGGCAAUAAAAAAAAAAAAGACAAUUGAAAACUGGGGACUUUCUGAAAUGUUGAGUAGGAUUUAUAAUUUCAAACCAAGCUUAUAACUGAUUAGACAGAGCUCCCUGCGGCUGCACUUGUUACUUGGUGUCCACAGGAAACAGAAUGUCAUUGUCAGCUUUAGUUCAACUUGCGUCUCAGUGUGUUAUGUGGCUGUAAAGUUAAUCCUCUUCAUCCAGUGCACCUCACCAGGGCACGAUUUCCAUUUGCCCUUGUAAUUUUGCAUUAUUAAAACCAGUUUACCAGUUUUGAAAAAGUAUAAACUGUAUCUUUUUAUUCUAUGAAGCAGUAUAUGGUCAGUUUUGCACUAAUUUCUACUCGAUACCUUAGUGGAUUAAAUACAAUCCCCUCUUGUGUAAAGGCCAUAUCUGUAAAAGGGAUUCUUUAAACUGGAAUAGAGUGCCCUUUUUUAAAGCCGUACAUAAAAUAUAUAAACAUGCAAAACAUAAUACAAAGAUGCCUUCAAAAUCCUUCUAACACAAGAUAGAAGUAACUGUCAAACAAGAAGUUAGCUCCAUCAGUUAGUUUUUUCUAACUUUUGUUUCUUUUACUUGAAACACGUCCUUGGAAAGCAGAGGAGGCAGUAAACUUUUUAAUCAAGUGCACAGUCUGUCCACAGUCAGCUGUAUUUGUAAAAUCCAAAACAUGUAACUGUUUGUUCCUGUUUUAACUUAAAGGGACACUAUAGUCACCAAAACAACUUUAGCUUAAUGAAGCAGUUUUGGUGUAUAGAUCUUGCCUCUGCAGUCUUGCUGCUCAAUUCUCUGCCAUUUAGGAGUUAAAUCACUUUGUUUAGGCACCCUAGUCACACCCUGCAACACUUCCUAAACACUUCCUGUAAAGAGUAAUCUAAUAUUUAUCCUUUAUUGUUAAUUCUGUCAAAUUUAGAUUUUCUUAUUUCCUGCACUGUUAAUAGCUUGCUAGACCUUGCAGGAGCCUCCUGUAUGUAAAGUUCAAUUUACAGAACAGGAGAUAACAUCUUUAAAGGUAAGUUACAUCUGAUUGAAAGUGAAACUAUAUUUAUUUAAUUUUUUUACAUGCAGGCUGUGUCAGUCAGAGCCAUGGGAGGUGUGGCUAGGGCUGCAUAAUCAGAAAGGAAGUGAUUUAACUCCUAAAUGGCAGUGAAUUGAGCAGUGAAAAUUAAGAGGCAUGAUCCAUGUACUAAAACUGCUUCAUUAAGCUAAAGUUGUUUUGGUGACUAUAGUGUUCCUUUAAACUCUUAUUUGGUCAAUCUAAGUCUUGACACAAAAAAAUAAAUCAGAAAUAUUAAUAUGAGAGAUGCUAGACCCCCAGUUGCCAUGUAUUGUUCGUUACUGUCCACGAUAUCUACUUUACUUAUUGUUGGUGAGUAAUGAGAUCAACUGUUAAAAUAAAUAAAACAAUAAAAUAAAAUAAAACAACCCAAAUGCAAACCAAAAACAUUUACUUCAAGUUUUUAAAUUUGUAUUAAAUAUUCUGUAUGUAAUAUCUGUAUUGAACGAUAAUGUUACCUCUAUGUUCUGUUUAGGUCUCUUCAAAUGGCAAACACUUGCUUUUCUAUAAGCAUAGACUGGAUUUUAGAAGAAUUGAUACUAUUGGAAUACAUGGCAAAGUGAUGAUUGAAAUGAUUGGCUUUGCCUCUCAAACAGUAAGUUUUGCUAUACAUUUCCAAAUGACUCCAAACAUUUCCAAAUCUCCCUUUUUCAAUUAUGUCUGCAUGUAGAACCAUGUAAUCCCUUUUUGUUAAAUUCAAACAUAAUGUAUACACCCCAUAUAGGCAUAUACCAUGACCUGGCAAGUUUGGCAACUGUGCAAUUAGGAGAAAGGUGGUGGACAGGAGAUGCAGGUGGAUGUACCUGGAUGUACCUGUUCAACAUCACUGUUGAGGUGCCUGCCCUUAUAUGGUAUAUGCCUUCCUGGCUGUUAAUAUGCUUAGUGCUGCUUAAGCACAUGCAUAUGGGCUGAAAGACACUAUUAUGUAUUACUUUUAACCUACACUUUGCUCCACUGCUCCUGUUCACAUCUGAUUACCUUUUUGUUGUGAGGUCAUAAGGACUGUACAGUUGUGUGAUCAAAUGACUUGAUGAAUAUGUGUACCUCAAUAUAUUGUGAAAUUAUGUAGCUACAACCAAAGAUGUUUAUGCACCAAAAAAUAAACUGCACUAGUCAAUCCCCAGAGCAGAAAAAAAACAGGAUGCAAGAGAGCGGACAACAGCUCAAGUAGCUUGCUCUUCGAUGGCUACCUGCUUAGAUCUCAAGCUGGUUUUAACUCCUCUUGUUAUUGUACAGUCAAAUAUAACAACCAAUAUAUAAUUACUACAACACACAAAUGAUAGAGGCUAUAGUUACAAAGCAAAAGAUGCAUAUAACACUCACAUAGGGCCUCAAAGGACCGGACACGUGCACCACAAAUACCCCCCAAUGUUUCUGCACAAACACGUGUGCCUUUCUCAAGUGGCAGUCAAGACUUGACUGUCACUUGAGAAAGACAUGGUCCCUUGAGGCUCUAUGUGAGUGUACAAUAAAGUUAUUGAUCAUUUAUUUGGUGUCCAUCCUUUUGUAUUCAGAGUAUUGAUUUCUUGGCAUUUUUAAGGAUGCCUUUUGGGGAUAGCACCUUUUUAUAAUUUAAUUGUACAACCUUUACCAUUUUUUGAUUUAUGAAAUUUAGCCCAUCUUGUGCCAUUAAAAAGAGAACCUAGUCAAUUUGCAUAUCCGACUGAUGCCAACCAAAAUGGCAGUCCAGAUCCAAUAUGCAGAGCGACUCUUUCUGCACAAGAGAUACAGCAACCCUAGAGGAUAGUUUCAGCCUUAUUAAGCCUCGUCAGUGAGGUAAGCAUAGUGAGAAAGGGGUCAACAUCUGGAUUACCCUUUAAACUUAGGGAGAGCAAAAAAAAAACAAAAAAAAAAACAGGGUGCACGAGAAUACUGAUAAUGGACAACAGCUUGCCCUUCGGUGGGUCCCCGCUGAGAUUUUAAGCUGGUUUUAGCCCAUCUUGUGCCAUUAAAAAGAGCUACUAAAUACAUAUUCUUGAACUGUGCUGUUUGUGUUGCUGGAAAUAUUAAAUGUCCACCUAAUAUUAUCCACAUAUAAUGUAUAAUAUCAGUUAAUAUAAUUUUAUUUGUAUUUCAGCCCUUGCAAGGUUCCCAGCUCAUCUCUCUUGAUGCAUCUCCUUUAAAUAGUAAUAAGGUAAAAUUUUUAAAUAAAAAUAUAUGUUGUGUGAAGAAUGUUUGGGUGGAUAAUAAUGAUUCAAUAUCUCAAUUAAUGUUAUGCUGUGUUAAGGGGUGUAUUAUUUGGAGACCAGAAGACCACCCUGUAAACAUAGUCUGUAUAGUGACAUUACCAUCUAUCUUUGACUCCCCAUUGUGUUCUAAGUUCAUUACAAAACAUGUUGGAAAGAACGGUUAUAUCAUUAGCUUGCAUUUAUGAUAUAAAUUUUGCCAUAAACUGUCUUGGCCAUUUCCAUAUUAUACUCCCUUUGACUACUCGUAAUAAUCUUUGACGAAGAAAAAAUAUUUGUAAUCACUCUAAUUUGUAAUUUUGUUUAUUUUUUGAGGCUGAGUCAACAGAGAGUAUGGACUUUGUAAGUACUUUGUGUUAUAUAGUGUUCAUAGGUGUUGUCCUAAUUAUAUUUGCCAAUCUGAGAGUGUGUACGUGUCUGUUUGUUCACCCAUGUAGUGUACCAAAGGUUAACAGUAUAAAUCACAAGCAUUCAUUUAAAAGUUACAUAAAAUCUCUGUCUCAGAUGAGAAAACUGCAUGUUAAAUUAGGUAAGCUAAAAACUGACUUACAAAGAGAAAGUAGAGAACUAAAUUAAGGGAUCAAGAGUUAAAAUAGCUGCAUAAAUUGUACUUUUUUUGUUAGAAGGUAAAUUAUGCACGGCCCAUUUGGACAUGUGGGCUUUUACGUGAAUUUAGAUUAUUAGGAGUGUUUUCAAAACUAUUACAGUUAACAAUUAGAGCUUUCACUCUAGUAUACUAAUAGUGUAUAUUUUACAUAUAUCCAACAUAAUGCAAAACCUGUUUUAAAAUAAAAUAUAAAAAUACAGAGACUCUUGUGUCUAAUGUAUUGUGGAUUCAAAGGGACGCUUAUAAUUUGGUUUACUGUGAGUACCUCUCCUAACAUUCUUUAUUACCUGUCCCAAAAGGUGAGCGGGAUAGAUUGCAAGUCAUACUGAGAGCACUCACCCAAGAUAACCAGUGCAGUUUGACUCAGCAUAUUAUCUAAAAUUAAAAUCCUUAUAUUUGCUAGUUGGAUUCCUAGAACACUGCAUAGUUGAAUUAAUUAGGUGUGUGACAGUCCCUUGUAAGUAAGGUUCAUUUUAAAAUGGCUGAAAUUAUGUAUAUGUAUCACAUGACAGAUGCUGACUGCCCUUUAAUUUUGGCAGACCUUGCCGUAUGCUGCUAACAUUCCUGGUGGAUUUGUGCCUGGAAGGACAAUGGCCAUCAAAGGGGAAAUUAAAAGGGAUGCCAAAAGGUAAAAUGCUUUAUUUUUCUGUAAAUGGUGAAACACCAAUAUAUGCUUAAAGGGGCAAUGUCAUUAUUAUAAACAACACAGCUUACUGAGGUAUUUAAUCACUGAGCAAUGAAUAUGAAUUUUAGUGGCUUGAAAACAGAAUUGCAAUAUUUAAGCUAAAAUAGUCAAGCUACGACUAAAAAAGACUGGACAUACCGCAUUUGCAAUACCUUGAGGUAUGUCCAGUCUUUUUUAGUAGCCACAAAAUUGGCGUUCAAAUUAGUUUUUUGCAUUUUUCACACACAAACAAAUAUAUUAACGCUAACUUUUGCCAGUGUUUGUGACUAAGUGGCUACUAAAAAAGACUGGACAUACUCCAUUUGCAAUACCUUGGGUUAUCUACUAUUUCAAAUGGUAUGCCAUCAUGGGGGUAAUUCUCAUUCCUGGGCUACCAUACAGUCUCAAAGGCAACGUAACCAAUCUGGCGAAUUUCAAUGUGAAAAACUGAGAAAUGUAACAUGCUAUAUUUGACCCUGUUAUUUCCCAAAAUACCAUAAAACCUGUACAUAGGGGGUACUGUUUUACACGUGAGACAUCGCUGAAUACAAAUGUGUAUUUUAUUGCUUUAAAGGCAAACAGUAUUAUGACAUUAAAAUGGCAUGCAGAACUAAAAAAAUGAAAACAUUUCUUAAUUUCUCACUUUUUAAAAUAUUUUAUUCAUAUUAAAUUAUGUUUCAUAUCUAAAUAUUUGAUGUUAAAUGAAAGCCCUAUUUCUCCUGAAUAAAAUGAUAUAUAAUAAGUGUGAGUGAGUUUUAUCCUGUAAUCUGUGAACCAGUUUAGUAGCCCUUCUCUGAACCCUCUCUAAGGUAUCAAUAUCCUUCUGAAGAUACGGUCUCCAGUACUGUGUACAAUGCUCCAAGUGAGGUCUCACCAGUGUUCUGUACAAUGGCAUGAGCACUUCCCUCUUUCUACUGCUAAUACCUCUCCCUAUACAACCAAGCAUUCUGCUAGCAUUUCCUGCUGCUCUAUUGCAUUGUCUGCCUACAUUUAAGUCAUCAGAAAUAAUCACCCCUAAAUCCCUUUCCUCAGAUGUUGAGGUUAGGACUCGAUCAAAUAUUCUGUACUCUGCCCUUGGGUUUUUACGUCCAAGAUGCAUUAUCUUGCACUUAAAUGUCAGUUGCCACAACUCUGACCAUUUUUCGAGUUUACCUAAAUCAUUUGCCAUUUGGCUUAUCCCUCCUGGCACAUAAACCCUGUUACAUAUCUUAGUAUCAUCAGCAAAAAGACAUCCCUUACCAUCAAGACCUUCUGCAAUAUCACUAAUAAAAAUAUUAAAGGGAAUGGGUCCAAGUACAGAUCCCUGAGGUACCCCACUGGUGACAAGUCCAAGCUUCGAAUAUACUCCAUUGACUACAACCCUCUGUUGCCUGUCACUCAACCACUGCCUUACCCAUUCAAUAAUAUUGGAAUCCAAACUUAAAGAUUGCAGUUUAUUUAUAAGCCUUUUAUGUGCAACAGUGUCAAAAGCCUUACUGAAAUCUAGGUAAGCAAUGUCUACUGCACCACCCUGAUCUAUUAUUUUAAUUACCCACUCAAAAAAAUCAAUAUGAUUAGUUUGGCAUGAUCUCCCUGAAACACUAUAUUAGGCUUGCUUGGGGACCAGACUAAAUUGCAGCUCUGUGAAAGCUCAGGCCCCUAGCAAAAAGAUUGAAUGCCCCCUCCCAAAGCAGGGGAACAGCUUUUGUAGCUUCCGACACAAUCCCCGCUUGACCAUGGGAAAGCCACCAUCCUGGCAAGAGAUAGGCAAGGGUGAUGACUAAAACAUCUUAAAUUGUAAUAUUGGAAUUGUUAUGUGUGUAUGCCACUGUGGAUUGGUGUCUGUGUGUGCGUAUGUCUGACACUUUGUAUGUAGGCAUAUGGGUCUAUCUGUGAGUGUGUCUGGAAUGUGUAGGUUUGUGUGAGUGUGUAUUUGUGUGACCAUGAGCAAGUGCUUUGUUUGGUGGGAGCCCAGCAACUGGGUUUUCUAAGGGGCCCCAGGUGUUAUGAUGGCAGCCCUGCAGGUUGUGCUUCCUGAGAGUGAACACUUGCAAGUGCAAAGCGUGCUUGGGUCUGUGAAUCAUUAUGUAGACAGAUUUGCAUUUAGAAAUGCUUGCACAUGGGGAGCAAUGCCUGCAAGCCCCUCUCACAACUGCACCGACAGACCAACUCAGUGUAAUUCACGGUUUCUAGGAGGAGCUGUAAACGCUGCUAUUUUAUUUUAAUUCUUUAUUUUUUAUGUGCAAGAAGAUACAAGCAAGUAUUAAUAGCCACAACAGCAAUUUCAAGAGCAUAGCAAAAUGUAGCAUAACAUCUGUGUGGUAUUCAUAUGUACUGCACAUUUUAGUAUUAUAUAGACAUGAGUAUAGAACUUGAGGCAUGAUAUAGGCUAAUGAUAAGUAGCAUAACUAUAAUAGUAUGGUAUAUCAUGCUAGAAUAAUCUGUCAAAGGAUAGAACCACUGGAGUCAGGUCUAUAUUAGGCUGCUGCACUACAUGCAAAAAUAAAAUAAGCAAAUAUAUUCAACAGAUAGUGACCCUUUGCAAGGCAUAAAUAUUAUAGAAGCCAAAAUGGCAUCAGCCUAUCCCUUGACCUAUGAAAUGUAGAGCGCUGCCUAGAGAGUUCCCUGGAACAUCAGAAGCGUAGCGCCACGGCAGAUCACCCACCCCUGCCUGAAUGAGGACUGACAUCCAGGAGCCACAGAUAUGGUAAUUUGUUGGUUGGAUGUCUUUUCCCCAGCAGGGAUAAGUGAAAGAACCAUGUGGUAAGCGCCUCUUGUGGCGUAUGAGCUUCAGCUUGUGUUGUUGGUGCAUGGAGGUACCGUCUUGGGAGGCCCUCGGUCCGGGACGGCAGGCCCAUGUGAGUUAAAUCAUUUUCAGAUUCACUCGGUGGGGGGUUUUCUCCUCUCCAGCACCACGCGCCUUUUGUCGCCUCUCUGCGGUUGAAGCAGACAUGCUUUGCUGCGUACCUGAAGUUUUCUCCAGAAGGUCUGAGAGUGCCCCUCCAGACGCAGCAAUACCUAGUCGCAUGAGGUCAGGGCCCCAGUUUCAUGAAGAGCAGCUGCCAUCUUAAAUGUCAGAGGUGGAGUAUGUUGCGAGGGCAACUCAGAGCAAGAGGUGGCAUAAGUUGCUCAGAACAGUCCAGUGGCGACUGGGAAAACCCCCGCCGGUUAAAGGGGAGAAGGAUAGGAGCGCUGCUUCUCGGCGACUGGAAAUGGAGAGCGGGGAGAUCGUUCGCCUCUCCCCAACACCAUACCACAACAGGCCACUACAGAACUGCUCGGGAUGCCGGUGGAGUAAGGUCACGCGUAAUGAAUCUAUUUGUUUGGCCGGGAAUCCCCGACCCACGGAGCACACUUGACUGGUCAGAAUGUGUAACACACGUCUGCUCCGCUCCUGGGUCAACCUCCGCCCCCUUAAACUCUGCUUUAAAGCAAUGGAUGGACAAGUAACUGAACUAAAUGAAAGCUAAGUGGGAUCUAAGCAACAAUCCUAGCAUUAUAACCUCUCCAGUAAGCCCAGGACUCAAACUAAGCACACCCCACUGCAAAAGACAAGAUAAAAAUCUUGUGUGAUCUGCCAAACAGUGAACAGGAAACACAUUCUGAAGCUAAAAAUCUGUGCCCUCCUAUAACAUCAUCAAUUAUUUUGAGCUCUUGUAACUCCUUCUAGAUGUGACUAAUACAAUGUAAACUAAUGAAUAUUGCUGUUCCAUAAUUUUCUUAACACGCCUGCUUUAAAUCAAAAUACUAUUGUAGAAAGUACAUCAUGGAAACCACGGAUGAUCAAAAUCUCUAGCUUUAAUUAUUUUGUUUGCCAUUUUUCUUAAUAUGAUUUAUUUUCAUGUAUUGAUGGUGUUUUGCAGGAACACAUGGAUGGUAAAUUUGAUGCAAACAUGACAUUAUCCUACUUUUGUUAGACUCCCAUCCCAGACUGUUAAAAACUGUAAACUACCAUCUUUAUGUUAUACUUUACAUCACACUCGUUACAGGUUUGCUAUUGACCUAAGGCCUACUGGCUCCACUGACAUUGCUCUGCACCUGAAUCCACGUAUGAAGGAGAAAGUGUUUGUCAGGAACACCUACUUGUAUGAAAGCUGGGGAGAAGAAGAAAGGUGUCUCAGUGAAUUUCCUUUUCAGCAAGAAAUGUAUUUUGAAGUAAGUAGAAAGAAGACAGGAUUUUGGUAAAGCUGUACCUCCUAAUCUAAAUGCAGUUAUGUAUGUAGUAGCCCUUUUGUAUGAAUUCCUGCACUUCAUUGUUUAAAGGGACACUAUAGUCACCAGAACAACUACAGCUUAUUGAAUUUGUUCUGGUGAGUAGAAUCAUUCCCUUCAGGCUUUUUGCUGUAAACGCUGUCUUUUCAGAGAAAAUGCAGUGUUUACAUUACAGCCUAGUGAUAACUCCACUAGCCACUCCUUAGAUGUCUGUUAGAGAUCCUUCCUGGGUCAUGGCUGCCUAAAAUGCAUCCAAACAUUCAGUUUCUCCUCCCUCUACAUGCAGACACUGAACUUUCCUCAUAGAGAUUAAUUGAUUCAAUACAGCUCUAUGAGGAGAUGCUGAUUGGCCAGGGCUGUGUUUGAAUCAUGCUGGCUCUGUCCCUGAUCUACCUCUCUGUCAGUCUCAGCCAAUCCUAUGGGGAAGCAUUGUGAUUGGAUCAGGCUACCACUUCUGAUGAUGUCAGCAGGCAGUGGGCAGGUCUAAAGGAAACAGGAACAGAGCCAGCAGUAAGAUUUUACUAUAUUUUUGAGGCAUGAGUGGACCAGGGGGGCUAGAUGGUGGUUUUAACCCUAUAAGGUCAGGAAUACAUGUUUGUGUUCCAUACCCUAUAGUGCUCCUUUAAGGUACUACACAAGUAAUACUACAGGACCAUCACACCUUUGACACAGCAGGUUUUAUCAACUACAUUCCUGUGGUUGUAAUUCCAAGACUCCAUAACUAGUAUUUAUGUCACCAUAAAAUAUCCUGGCAGCUAGACAUUUCUUAUAAUGACAAGCCAGCCUUUAAAAAAAAUUAUAUAUACUAAACCACACUACCCUUAUGUAAUUUUGAGCAAUAGAUGUUUUAUUCUAUAUACCCACUCUACGAGGGUUGAUAUAAUAGUAACAAAAAAUAAAAAAGGAAAAGAAUCCACACACAAAUCCUGUGUUUAGUUUUUGCUUAUACAUUUCUCAGUUUUUUUUUUGUUUGUUUUUUAAUAUGCUGUAAAACAUUUGAAAAAAGCAAAGGCUACUAGAAUAAGUAUAACAGAUACAGGAUAGCAAUGUGGCUGACUAGAAACCAAGUAAUAACACAAGAUAUGAAUACAAAGAGCCAGCACCAAGCUCAAAAGGUGGUUGUGUAACUUGAAAAAAUUAAAAACUACCGUAAUAAUGACCUAAGUUUUGGUAUGCAGUAGGUGAAUGGAUUGGCUCCUCCUUUCCCCAGUCUGUGAGUAGGCCUCUUGUAGGCAGUUAAUUAACCCCCAGCAGGAGCCGCCGGACUCUGUCUGAUUCACAGCAAAAUUAACAACCGUGUGUUCCUCCCGGUUGCCGAGUAACUUCGGCUACUGAAAAUCCGCAACUGCGGACCACAAUUUGUUAAAUUAGCCUAUUAUAUAGAGUUUCCCAGCGGAGCUGUCAGGAUGUUCAGAGCUGCAGUCACGUUCCAUUCCCAUAUUUAGCUUUUCUCUAAUGUUAUACAAGCUAUCCUUUAACCCCUUAAGGACACAUGACAUGUCAUGAUUCCCUUUUAUUCUAGAAGUUUGGUCCUUAAGGGGUUAAGCCGACCUUUUUAUGCUGGUCUUUUUGAAAGAUUGUCCUACUUUUUAUUCCAAACAGGAUAAUGGUGAUUCACAUUGUUUAACCCCUUAAGGACACAUGACAUGUGUGACAUGUCAUGAUUCCCUUUUAUUCCAGAAGUUUGGUCCUUAAGGGGUUUAAGAGCCAAAGGGGAGUUGGACAUGUUGACCGGGGAGCUACUUUUACAUUAUCCUUACUUAGACAUCCUCUUAGUUUGUUAUCGAGAGCAAUGAUUGGCAUCUGUACAACAAAAAAGGUUAAGCAAACAUUAAUCUGUUACUAUCUAUGUCUUAUUUGUUUCUAGAUUAUCAUACGCUGUGAGGCUAACCAUUACAAGGUUGCUGUAAAUGGAAUACAUCAGCUGGAGUACAAACAUAGAUUCAAAGACCUAAAUAAGAUCAACUUGGUUUCAAUAGGUGGAGACAUCUUUCUUUUUGAUGUGCGUGUUUGGUAGGCCCUAAUAUAUAGAUAGAAACCUGCAAUUUGUCAUUUUUUCCGUUAUUAAUCACACUGCUAGUGAUACAGUAAUGGGAUAUAUUCCUAUGGAAAUGUAUAUCCAUAAUUAAGUAAUGUGAGCGGCCUUAAACUGUAAAAAACCAUCAUACACAAUUGACUGUUCCUUUAAAAGAUGCCAUAGGCAUAAUGACAAGUGCCAAAAGGUUACAUGGUUAUUUUUCUACGAUUUGACUAAUAAGUAAUUAACUCUGUAUACAUGUGAUACUACAUGUAUUUUCUAUUUGGUUCUUAAUGGCAAGCAACUUGUAAAUAUGAGCUAGAGCGUGAAUGUUGCCUCCUGGUGGUUCUUCUGUUUGACCAAUAGGUGGGGGACGUAGCUGGACUAAUCCCUGCCCUUCUCUUCCUCACUGACUUUUGGUAAGAGUAAAGUAUUGCCCACUUGUUGUAGUGCAUGAGAGGAGAUAACACUGCCAUGUACAAGAGGCAAUAAAACACCAGAAAUCAUACAAAAAGGGAAUUUUUUUCUUCUUCUUCAAUGAUUUGUUUGUUGUGUCUUGUUAGUGGUCUGAUUUAUGAUGUAUAUAGUUCUUUUGCUUAUUUGUAUAAAUUUAAUUUAAAAGAAGAAAGAAAGAGGGAAUGGUUUAUUGCUGGUUUGUACAGAGUGGAACAAAGACUGUUUUAAAGGGAGUUUAUAAUUUGAUAGGUUAAUACAUUUACUGAAAAUUUAUUAAAGGGACACUAUAGUCACCAAAACAACCUUAGGUCAGUGAAGCAGUUUUUAUGUAUAGAUCGUGCCACUGACGUCUCACUGCUCAAUUCACUGCUAUUUAGGAGUUAAAUCGCUUUUGUUUCUGUUUAUACAGCCCUGGCUAUACCUUACCUGGCUGUGACUCACACAUCCUGUAUGAGACCAAAAUGCUUUCACUUUCAAACAGAUGUUACCUAAAAGUUUUUUUAUCUCCUGCUCUCUAAAUUGAACUUUAAUCGUACACAGGAGGCUCCUGCAGGGUCUAGAAAGCUAUUUACAGGAAGUGUUUAGGAAGAAUGUGUAAGUCACAUGCAGGGUAGUGUGACUAUAGCUGCAUAAACAAAGUGUCUUAACUCUUAAAUGGCAGAGAUUUGAGCAAUAAGACCACAGGGGCAAGAUCUAUACACCAAAACUGCUUCAUUAAGCUAAAGUAGUUUUGGCGACUAUAGUGUCCCUUUAAAAAAUGAGACAUUAUGGAGUUUUUGAUAUUCUCUUCUAAUAGAUUUUACUUAAAAUGUGUAAAGUAUAAAAUAAAUAGCAGCUUUAUUAUAAAACCACUGAUGGGUGAAACUGGGUAUUAUUUAUUCAUUUCUUCCUUCAUUUGGUACCAUUAAACAUUCCCAGACUGCACAAUGAAUAAAAGGCAAACAGUAAAACAGCUGAUUGAAUGGGGAAUUUAUUUAAAUCAGAGAGAAAUCUAAUGCUUUUACUUACAAUUCACCCAGGUAGCUCUUGCAUUUUUAGGGGUGAAUAGACAGGACUGUAAGCUAGGGAUCGACCGAUUAUCGGUUUUACCGAUAUAAUCAGCCGAUAUUCAGUAUUUUCAGCAAUAUCAGCCAAUAUAGAUACCGAUAUUGCCGAUCAUACCUUCUAGGACUGCCAGGCUUAUUACAUGGCGGUUCUGGGGGCCGCAGGAAGCUGUUUCUUACCUUUCUCGCAGCUCCUCCAGCUCCCCAGUGCAAAUCUCGCGAGUCCCGCGGCGCGUUGCCACGGGUUACCAUGGCAAUGCUCCGCGCUGCACUAAGGGCCGCGAGAUUUACACUGGGGAGCUGGAGGAGCUGCAAGAAAGGUAAGAAACAGCUUCCUGCGGCCCCCCCCAGUACUUAACAAGCCACCGGACCACCAGGGAAUACUAUAUCCUCCCUCCCUGGUAAGAAGCAUUUAAAAAAUGCCCACCCUCCCCAUUUUACACAAAUUACUUCACUACACAAACACACACUGCAUUAUAUACACACACACAUUACACAAACACACACACACACUGCAUUAUAUACACACACUACACAAACACACAAUGCAUUAUACACACACACAAUGCAUUCACUUUACCCACACUACACACACUGCAUUCACUAUACACACUACAAACACACACUCUGCAUUCACUAUACACACUACACAAACAUACACACACUACACAAACUAUAUAUACAUUACACAAAUAUUCACUGUACACACUACACAAACACACUCUGCAUUCACUAUAUAUACACACUACACAAACACACUCUGCAUUCACUAUUAGUGAUGUCGCGACCCGUCCACGAACUUCUCGUGAACGGUUCGCCACGAACCGUUCGUGGUGAACUCCGGUCAGCUGACACAUCCCGGCCAAUCUCCAGCAGACCCUCCCUCCCAGACCCUGCUACUUCCUGGACAGCAUCCAUGUUGAAGGCAGUUUGCGGACGGUUUGCGACAUCUCUAUUCACUAUAUAUACACACUGCACAAACACACUCUGCAUUCACUAUAUAUACACACUACACAAACACUCACUGCAUUCACUAUAUACACACACUACACAAACACUCACUACACACUCACUACAUUCACUAUACAUACUACACAAACACACACUCUGCAUUCACUAUAUAUACACACUACACAAACACUCACUGCAUUCACUAUACACACUACACAAACACACUCUGCAUUCACUAUAUACACACACUACACAAAUACACACUGCAUCCACUACACACACACUACACAAACACACACUGCAUCCACUACACACACACUACACAAACACACACAGCUCCUCUGUCUAAACACACUCCACCCACUACAUGUGGCAUGUAUAUUUUGUGCAUUUACCUUUAGAAUUAGUUUAUUUUUUUCAAAAUGGUAAAUGUACAGAAUAUCGGCAAGUUACCGGCUAUCGGCCUGAAAGUUCACAGAUUAUCGGUAUCAGCUCUAAAAAAAUCAAUAUCGGUCAAUCCCUACAUUAACUGAGCUGAAACUUUAAUUUUAUUUAAACCAAUUUUGUUAACUACAUAUAUUGUCUUUAAAGAUGUAACUCAUGCUUAAGUGUUAAUGAAGACCUGCAGAGAUUUGAACUUUUAUAUUAUACUCUUGUUUGUGAACCUGUAUAUUUCAUUGUUCCCUACUGAUUACUUUACAGUAUUUUACUGUAGACACUAAUUCUUAUCUGCAAUAAAAAAGUCGAAAGGUGUCUUUGGUAGAUCUUCUUCAUAUUUUAACAGAUCUUUUCAUUUUAGCAUAUCUCUUAUGAAACUUUGAUUUGUGCAAGUGGUGCUCUAAAAAUGAAUGAUCAAUAUUGUAAAUAUGUAUUUAACCUCUUAGAGGUACAGCUUCACUUAUUUCACUUAAGAGCACAAGCAAUUUUUGCAAGGUUUAUGUUCAACUGCAAUUUCUGUAUUUCUCAUUUAUCGCACCAACAUAUAUUAUAUACCAUUUUAAAGGACAAAAUGGGCUUUAAUUUGAAGUGAC